AUGGCUCUGCAGCCUUACCGGGACGAGGAUUUAAAUUUUUUCAAAUUCGCGUCUCUCGUGUUGAAUGAAUUUCCAAACGCCCUGAGACAGACAUUUAAAGCCAUGUGGGACAACACCUAUGGACAUCGCCCUGGUUUCCAGCCCUGGGAUGAUUCCACUGCCGUGAGAAAUUUGUUUUCCACUACAGAGGGAGGCAGAACCAAAGUUCCUGUUAAUCGAUCAUAUCACGAAUGGGAUUGCACUGCUUUUUUCCAGGCCACUAUCUACUCGCGAGUCUUCGCCGUACAUCACGGAACGUUAAAUGACGUGUAUGUUAAGCCCCGUGGAUUAUCACAUGGCCAUUUUCAUCCGUCCGUAGUGAGCACCACUGGAAACAAUACGGAAACCUGGGCACUAGCAAUUGAUCAGUUACGCCUCCUGAGGAAUUCUGUUUGCCACUCAACCAGUUCUGAGAUGACGAAAGUAACUUUUGACCAGUACGUGCAACACGCCAAAGACGCGUUCCAAGCCCUGGGUGUCUCUACGGCUCCAAUUGAUGCCGUUGGUAGUUUAUUAGAGUCAGACUUUCCCAUAAAUGAAGUCCGCAGACUUGAGCAGGCUAUCAAAGAAGAAGAUAAAUCGUAUAUAAGGUUUCUUGAAAGUGUGAAGGAAAAACUGGAAAGCGAUAUUGCAAACAAAGAAGACGUCGGUAUGUUGUCGCGAAAAAUGGAUGAGCUGAAGGCCUCGGUGCAAGCUGAGGUUGCUUCUCUAUUUACGUCACGUAAGUCAAAGUGAACAUCAUUAAAUAAAACCUUCAAUAAUAAUAUAUAACAGCGUUAAAUUCAAAACUAGCGCCUUCCAAAGACCACUGAUGUUUUUCGAUAUCGGAGUUAGAUCGCUUUAUUUAACAAUUAGUCGCCCCAGGCUCAGACUUGAGCAAUCUAUCAAAGAAGAAAAUAAAUCGUAUAUAAAGUUUCUUGAGAGUGUGAAUUUUGAUAUUUUAGAUUUGAAGAAAAAAAUGGAAGGCGAUAUUGCAAAUAAAGAAGACGUCGUCAUGUCGUCGCGAAAAAUGGAUGAACUGAAGACCAUGCUGCAAGAUAAGGGUGCUACUCCAUAUAUGUCAGGUAAGUCACAGUGAACAUCAUAAAAUUAAACCUCCAAUAAUAAUAUAAAUAAGCGUUAAAUUCCAAAGCUAUAACUCCUUCCUAAAUAACUGAUGUUUUCCUAUAUCGGAAUUAGAUCGCUAUUAUUAAAACGUGAAAGCCAUUUAAAGCUAUGUCGUAAGUUCAAUGGCGGCAACUGAAUCGUCCAACUCGCCUCAAACUCCUCCGAUUACAAAAGACGAAGACUGUAGUUCCUUGGGUGGUAAAUAAGUGCACGCAGUGCAAGCUUCACACGGUUACAGCGUCCGAAGUCUGGCCGCUGGCUCAUAAGCACAACUUAUCUCAGUCGGGACAAUUAAGCUUAUUAGUAAGCUUAAUUUUUUUUACUGUAGAUUCAAGUGAGAAUAAUACAAUAAGCUUAAAUAAAUAAGAUUCAUGUAUUUUCUCGUUCUCGAUUCUUUACAUUUGGCGUAUACUGUCCAAAACUCAUCAUUAUGUUCUGGCAUUCAAUAAGUUUUUUUCCUCUAUAAACGAGACGACGGUCCCCUCAAAGUAACGAAAGCCAAAGAAGUAGCCUGCUGCUAGGAUAGAAUUUGACAACACCGCCUGUGACAAAAAAAUAAUUCUCACCUUCUGUCAUCAUGUCAUUACUUUUUACUGCCGUUCUCUUUGUCUUUGUAUUUCUCUUUCGCGUUGCUUUGUCUAUUCAUUCUAGCUCUGUCUCGUUCUGCUUGCCGGCGUUCUUCGCUGAAACUUUCUCUGUUUGUUCUAACCCUGGCUCGUUCUGCUUCUCGGCGCUCUUCACUACAAUUUCUCUGUUCCUUCUUGCCCUGUGUCUUCCCACUUGCCAACCUUCUUCGCUCGCUACAAUUUUGUCUCAUUCUUCUACCCCUAACGCGCUCUCUUUGUCGAUUUUCUUCGAUUGCUCUACACCUGUUGACUCUUGCUCUCUGCCUUUCUCUUUCUCUUAGCCUGAGUGGCAGGCUUGCCCUUCGCCUAAAACCUGUCGUCUACACGCUACAGUCUCUCUGCUGUUGUUUGUUGACAUAAUACCUUUCGUAACUUGUUUUGCUAAGUAAUAAAGGCACUGUCGAAAAAUUUAUUUGCUAAGUUGCUUUGAAAUUUCUUUUUCAAAAACAGUUGCGCGAUAAUAUAAUUGCGCAACGUUGGCCUUUCGAUUUCCCGCCAAAAAGCUCUACUUUCCCCUACCCGAGGAGUCCGUACGCUGGGCGACGUUGGCCAUGCGAUUUCCCGCCAAAAAAUCCCUUCUUUCCCCUAGCUACCCGGAGAGCCCGUAAGCGACUUUGCGCUAUGCGAUUUCCCGCCUCUGCUUUCCCCUACCCCAAGGGUCCGUGCGGAUUACUUUCCACUACCCGGGGAGUUCGUACGGACGAACGCUGACGUCAUAACCAAAUUUUCUCGCAUGGAUUUUUUACCAAAUUUUCUGAGCUAUGGGGCUACGCUCGCGCGCGAGAAGCUUCUCUAUUAAACCCUUGACAACUUCGUUCCCAGGGUUCUCUCCUACCCGUCCCUACAGAGCGAGAGUAGGAGAGAGAACCUGGGAACGAGGUUGACCCCUUGAAGGAAAGCCGGUGUUAGAAUGCAACAAAAGGGCUUUAACUAUGGACCCUCAGACCUUUUUAUCUUUUUUAUCUUUUUAUAAGCUGCCGACCUUGUUUCCUUCUCCAGUCUCUUGUCUGAAACAUGCAGUCUGCUUUUUCCCACAUCUUCCAGCUCCAUUUCAAGGUGUGCGUCUAUCAAAUGGUUAAAGCAGGCCCAAUCAAGACAGUUUUGGCACGCAGUCAGGAAUCGUUCAGUUUGAUAUAAACGCUACAUUUCAAAAUACUGGUAGUCUUUACACUAGAGCCUAAAUAAGCUAAGAAAUAUUUCAAGACAAGUAAAUUUAAAAAUUUCGAGUGAAAGAAAGCUUCACACAAAACCUAUCUUUUUUACUUCAGGUUUUCCCACGCAACGUCUCUAUUGUGAUUAUUCCAACUCACUUACUUUGUUAAAUGCAAGCGAACGUUUCUGGAGCUGAAUUUCUAUCAACCAUAUCCAAGUUCAUAAAGACAGAGAAAAUGUUGUCAUUGCUUGUUUACGUCCUUCACGAAACUUGAAAUUAGGCAUUUUCACUUGGCAAUCGUGCAGUGACGGCAAAGAAAUAUACAAAAAAGCGUGAUGCACGUGCAAAGUUGAUGUUUUGCCUUGUCAAGCUAUUGCUUUUUUUACUUUCUCGUCGCCGCUUCAUCUUAAACUUCCUAUUUUUUACGAUACAUUGUGAUCCGUCAGAAACAGAAUUUUUCAGUACAAAUUAAAUUGCUCCUGCUGAUAGCAUCCGAAACGUUUUUCGACUCAUCGGUAGUUCCUUCGUUUCUGGUUAGAAAAGCUUGGUUAACGAACCGGCCAACUGUGGCGAGAAAAUAGCCGUCGUGUACGAACUCACGAAAAGAACUCAGGAGAUGCUGUUCGCCGAUUGGGCACAAUAAUACAAAGCAAUUUUUGUGCCCAAUCAGGAACCAGCAUUUUCUUGACCGUUUGGAGAUGGUUCGGUGAGAGUCGGUACCCAGGGCAUUGCCAGGGGCUCUUCCGCCCAUUCUUGAAAACGUUCGUCGCGCCUUUUAACCCGGCCCGACUGACUGCCCCUGGGUCUCCGAGGAUGUGAUCUAUCACGAUGUCAUAUAUGAUGUGUUAUUUUUACCUCCCCGAUUAAUUAAACUUUUCGCUACAUACAUUUAUGCAAUGAAGACAUAUUGUGAACCUUACCAAGUAAGUGACCUGCACUCAGCCUGUUAAUACGACAACCUGGUUCACUGAUGAUCACUCAAGGGACUCUUUUUUUUUCUUCACAAUGUUCCUACCAAGAUGCUGCGAACCUGUUUAAGCCUGGUCAGUGGUGAUGAGAGAAGCAAUCAAUCUGACAACCUGUUAGAAAUUUUUAAAUAGUGUGCAAUUGAGCACAGAACUGAUCAGGGUGAUAGGGAUGAUCUUCUAUAGACGAUAGUCAGAGAGAGUUGACUUAGCUCCUAUAUUUUUGAAAGGCAUAGCAUGAGCUUUUUUAUCUCAUAAAGGUGAAAUUUACUACGCUUCACUGUAAUUACUUUUGCAUUUUCAGGCAACUACAAGUAAAAGUCGUGCUAGUUAUCGUGGAAUUCGUAACACGUUAGGCUUUCCAGAUGUGCCGAGGCACUUGGUUUUACUUUUUGAAUUGCCUUUUUACGUGUCAAGCCAUUUUUACAGAAUAGACCAAACCACUGGAUUGUUUUGUUUUAAAUCAGUAAACUUAGCUUGUUUAUCAUUGUCAACAGCUCGUCUCCGCCUGCUGGUUGAUUGUGCGGAGAUCAAAGGGCCUUGUCCUCAGGAGGGAGCUACAGGGGGAAUAGUAACUCAGCAGGAAGGACAGACAGUGCAAAAAGAGGAGACUUCAAAGGCACAAGCACUAUGGGAACCCCAAGGAGUAGUCGAAGGGACAGCAGCUGCAGGUUUAGGGCAAGAAAGUGUCAGAAGGGGAGCUGUUCGUUCUUCAAAGGAAGUUUUAAAUUCAAUUGCGAUAAAGUACUUACAGCAAGUCAACCAUUCGACACCUGAGGAGUUUAAUGAAUUUAUUCAGUACAUGGAAAAGGUGCGUAAAGUUAUUGUUGUGGAUGUUCACACCGGAAGUUUAAUACUUAUACUGGAAUGUAGCUCUCUUCAGAUCCUUGACGAACUCUGGGAAGACUAUUGCACAGGUCACCUCAAUGAAGUGGCACAAAAAUUCCUUGUAACAGAAGAAAUUCUCAAAGAAUUUGGCCUAGCUGAAGUAAAACUCACAACAACUAUUAUCGAAGAGGAAUACAAAGCUUGUCGUGAGCUUUUCUUGAAUCUUUCAAGUAAGUAUUUAGACUUAAUCAUGAAUCCUAAAUACACGUAUCGAUGUUUAACCGGGAUACUUAAUUUUCGAAAACAAUUAUAAUUGCUAAAUUAAUGAUAAAGCAAUUCAGUAUAGGUACGUUUCCAGAUUCGAACAGAUUUAGUAUAGGUAAUAGCAUGAUUUGUAGUGAUAGUUGGCAUAAAUUUCUCAUGUAGUAGUAUAACAGACCAAAUUGCACUCCACUCAGUUCAAUUAGCAUAUUUAUACUACUACAUGAGAAAUUUCUGCAAUUUGAUUGGCUUAGAGCAGUGGUAUUUCAGCUUAAUUUUAAUACCUACAUGUGAAAAUUACAAACCUUUUGGGGGUAGUAGUAUAAACAAAUAAUAGCAUGAUUUGUAGGAAUAUUUGGCAUAAAUACCGCGAGUGAUAUUUCGAAAUUGUUGUACGUAGUUUGACGAGCCGUUAGGCAAGAAUUGAGACAAUUUUGAAAUAUCACGAGUGGUAUUUAUAAUAUGCUAAUUGAACUGAGUGGAACGCGUGAUUUGAAAUCGCAUGGAUGUAUGUAUACACCCUGAUGAAGGCCGGUGUAUUCGGUCGAAAUACAGGUGGAAACGAGUUGUAAAAUCACACUCUUCAUUUGUGUUGAAUAUUAAUAUAUAAAUAAAUAUAUAUCUAUUCUCGUUAAGUUACGUGAAAUUCCAAGGCAGGUUAAAAAAUGUACGUGAAGCAAAAAUAUCCCUCUCUUGUCCGUAUACAUAUAUCAUCAUUAGGGACUUAAAGCAAACAUUUCUAGAGAAGUGCGAUGCAUGCACCGUAAUUUUUAGGGAGUUAUUAUAACUCCAAAAAUGGAGUAAAAAUUUUAGGUACAGGAUAACCCUAUUUUUGGGGUUAUUUUAACUCCUAAUUUAACUCCGAAUUUGGGGUCAUUUUUACUCCUGAAAAAGAGUUCUUUUUACUCCCAGUCUGGAGUUAAAACUACUCCGAAAUGGGGUUACUUGUACUCCUUACAUGGGUUGUUUUUACUCUUUUUGGAGUUAAUUUAACCCUGAAAGUGGAGUAAAAAUUUUAGGUACAGGAUAACUCCUUUUUUGGGGUUAUUUUAACUCCUCAAUAUAUGGGGUCACUUUUACUCCUGAAAAAGAGUUCUUUAAACUCCUUUUUGAAGUUAAAAUAACUCCACGAAAAAUAAAUCCACUGUCAGGAGUUAAAUUAGCCCCACUAGAGGAGUUAUUAUAACUCCCUGAAAAUUACAGUGAGGGCAAGUUCAGGAUUUGCUUGUGAUUUACCAGCCCUAUUUGCACCACUCAGUGAGAUAUUAGGGAGCUUAAGCAACGACGACGGCGAUAGUGAAUUUGCGCUGCCUCAAAUUUUACCGCGCUUAUUCCAUCUCGUUUAAUUCGUCACUGAAAUAGAGGAGUUCACGCUGAUAAUUGCAUCUUGGGCAAUCAGGGCAAGAUGGCGGGAAAUAAGAAGGUUUGUAUUAGAAUUCAAAGCUCGCUAUGUCUUCCUGAUUUCAUAUAUUUGAAGUUUUCUCUUUGAAAAGAGUAACUUACUAGUUCUAAGAAACAAUACACUAAAUCUGGAGUGCAGUAAAAUAACGGCUACAAUUCGCUACUUUUUUAUCGGAAGCUUCUUCAUUACAAGAGAAAGCCUCUCAUUAUUCAAGGCAUGGUCUCCAAGUUUCAUUUUCACGUGAACAGCAGUAACUAACAAUGCAUUUGACAUAUGCAAAAAUGCUAGCUGUUGUUGUGCACGAAAAUAUGAAACUUGGAGAGAAUGCCCUGAAUAAUGAGAGGCUCACACUUGUAAACACCAAAUUUCCGCCAAAAUAUUAGCGAAUUGUAGUCCUUAUUUUACUGCCUUACAAUAUAUCAAUAAUCUUGAAACUAAAAGGUCAUAUAAAAGGAAGGUUAAUUUUAAGAAUCUUAAAUUUUAAAAAAAUGUAUUGAGCGGUUUAAAAACCAUUUGCUAGUUUGUUAAAGUAGACAAAAUAUUCAAAAACCGCUAACAAGAGCGCCUGGAUACAUACUAAUGAAAUCUUUCUUUCUAGCAAUCGGCUAGAGCGAUCUCCAUGAUCUUUCACACACGUUUUUAAAAAGAUUGAAACUAAUUUGAGGUGAAAUUGCAUGUCAAAAGCGCUUCGUUUUCUACAGAUAACAGCCGAACAUAGAGAUUGUCCAUUUUUUACCGUAUUUCUAACCACAAAAUCUUUAUCCCAAAAUAUCCCGAUAACGCUCUUACAGAUUUCGCUUAAACUUCACGAACAUCGAGGCGGCUAUUGGAGGAAAAAGCUUCCGUGAAUGAUUUUGGAAGAACAGUUCCCAGUGCCGAUAUAUACUGCUGUAAGUAAAAUAGGUAAUAGUGUCAUUUCGUUGCUAUGACAACUCCGAUGUCAUUGCAACCCUGAUCACAGCAAAUUUUCAUUUUUAUCUAGUGCAACUGUAGUGGCAAUUUUUUCAAGACUUUGUUUAUGGUGACGUAGUUUAUGCUCAAACUUGGGAGGUAUUGACCCUGAAAAACUGUAUCGAGCCACCUUUUAAAAAAGUCACGCAAAACAAUUUUUCGUAACAUAAUCCCCUUUUAGAAGAAAUUUCCUAAAUUUCUCCUACACAAGAAAAAUUGCUAAAUGAGGGUCAGUUCAAGGCGACUAAACUUAUUCCUCAGCUCGACUCAAGUAAUCUGCUCCGACGUUCUCUGAGCUUUUAAAGGCUUCAACUCUGAAUGUGUAACUUUGCAAAAGCAGAGCUCAACUCAUAAGACGUCCGUUCGCAAACUUGGCACUGUUCAUAUACUUUAAGGGUUCAUGCUCCGUCUGCAGAACAAAGGGAACAAAUAAAGAUGAAAUCUCUUGAUACCCCAGGCUACCGAUAAGCACUCUUUCUCAAUUGUAGAAUAGUUCCUUUCCGACAAUUUCUUUCUUGCAUAACAAACCGGGAAUAAUUUCUCAUCGUGCCUUUGCAUCAAUACUGCACCAAUUCCAUUGUUGGAAGCGUCCAUCAGUAAGAAAUAGGUUUUAGCUGGAUCGGGGGGGUGUAGAAUAGGCUCACUUUUUAGGUGGGACUUGAUUGUGAGAUAGGCUUUCUCUUGUGCUUCACCCCACUCAACUUUAUUAGGUUGGCCUUUUGGUGUAAGAUCAGAUAAGGGCGCUGCGAUCGCUGCAAAGUUGGGAAUGAAAUCAUCGUAAUAUCCUGCAAGACCCAUAAAUGACCGCACCUGUUUCUUUGUGCUUGGCCUUGGGGCAUCUUUAAUCUUCUCCACGCUAUCCUCAUGUAGACCAACCAUUCCUUGCUCCAGUCGAUGGCCUAGGAAAUCCACACUGCUUACUCCGAAUAGGCACUUCGUAGGUCUAAUAAUCAACCCGGCUUGUACAAGGCGCGAAAACAGCUCUCUAAGGGCUCUAAUAUGUUCUUCCCACGUACUGGUGUGAACCAAUAUAUCAUUCCAGCAGAAGGUGACAUCACCUAAAUCUUCUUUCAAUUUCUUCAUUGCACGCUUCAGUGUUGCCGCCGAGUUAAUCAUUCCAAACGGUAUCUUCAAGAACUCGUACUACUCUUCAGGUGUUACAAACGCAGUUUUCGGUAUGUACUCCUCUGGUAUAGUUAUCUGCCAGUAUCCCUUGCUGAGACCAAUUUUUGAAUAAAACUUGUCUCCACUAAGCUUGUGGAACAGAUGUUCGGCAGUUGGCAUAGGCUCAGGAUCAAAUACAGUUAGUUUAUUUAAUUUCCGAUAAUCAACACACACGUGGUUUGUGUUAUCUUUUUUCUUCACUACUACAACAGGUGACGCAUAAGGUGAACUGGACUCUCUAAUAACUCCCAUUUUGAUCAUGUCAGCAAUAUCUUUUCUCAGUGAUCCUCUCAUGCUGUAAGGUACUGGGUAAGGUCUUGAUCUAACCGGUUCGUCUGAGGUGAGUUUAAUACGAUACCUAACGAGAUCUGUGGUGCCUGGUGCUUCAGUAAACAAAUUCAAGAACUGUUUAGCCACAUCGGUAAAUUCAGUCCGUUGCUCGUCCGUAAGAUUUGGUCCAGUUGCAGCAUCCUCGAUUGACUCCUUGGCCACAUAUCCACCGAGCUCUAAGAAAUAAACCUCUCCUCCCGGCCCUGUGCUUCAUCAACGUUAGCUGUGCAGUCGACAACAACGUCCGUACUUGUAGCGCCUGCUCCAACACCUACUGCUCCUUCGACUGUAGUUUCCUCUCUCUCAAAACACUUUUUAAGUAGGUUAGCGUGGUAAACUUUCUCCUUGCCUUUAACUUUCACCUUGUAGUCAUUGAGACCUACCACUGAACUAACUUCAAAGGGACCUUUGCAUUGCAUAAGUAACUUGUUAUGGUCUCUUAACUUUAGACUUGCGGUCGUAAUAGUGCUGUCCUUUCCGCUGGGCUUUCUCCAGUUCACUACAGCCUCAGGGUAGCGAGUCGAAACAUCUACCAGCGUCAGUAUGUACCUGUGUCCUUCUUCACUCGGAGGACUGAUAGGGCCAAAAAGAUCUUUUGCUACUCUUUUAAAGGGUUUGUCAAUUAGCGGCAUCUUCUCUAACGGUACCUUGGGCACUGAUCCUUUACUUACAGUCUUCUGACAAACGUCACAGGACUUGCAAAAUCGAGUCACGUCACCUUGAAUUCCAGGCCAAUAAAACGCACUCUGGAUCUUGUCUGUUGUUUUCUUUAUGCCCUUGUGACCACCCAGGCAAUGAUCAAUCCGUGAGCUACCUCCAUUAUGGGGCGCCUCAACUUUUCAGGAACCAUGACUUGUUUAAGCCUCUUAAUUACCACCAUUCACAUAAGGGUGCUUGUACGGUGCAGUACUCUACAUUUUUCUUCAAAUGAAAUCUCUGCCUGAUCCUUUACUAGUACAUCGUCUCGGUCCCAGUACUUGCUCAGACUCUCAUCUCCACGAUGCAUCUGCUUGAACAUCUCCCUAUCCACAAUAGGGCUCUCACGGCUAAUUGGUACCUUCAAGGCCAUGCUUUCAUCCUUUUUCUUAGCUUGAGUCUUGUAUUUACUGAACAGGCCUCUUGGCAUCACGUACAUUGCCAAUAAUUAGGUCGUAAAUAGGAUCUGAAAGGCACUGCGCUUCUACAUGGCCCUUAAGAUAAGGUGUAUCAACAUAAAUGCUUGCUAUAGGCACCUUCCUUGCUGCGUUGUCAAUAGCAGCAUAACAUUAAAGUCUCCGGUGAACUGAUCCUUGCCGACAAGGUCCUUCUUGAUUACAACUCCGCUGCAACCAGUAUCUCUUAAAACGUCAACAGUCUUCGCUCCAACUCUGCCCUUUACAACAGGAAUCUUACUUCUUACUCCAGUUAAGGGUUCAAAACAUGCAUUACUCAGCAACGGGACUUUCUUGCCUCAGGCUAACAGAAGCUGAUCAUUUUAAAUACACGACUUGACUUCCUCGGGGGAAGCGUUAAGAUAGGGUGACUUAAGCAAACAGCCAGCACUAUCUUGACCACGUUGCACAGGGUUACAAUCCUUACCUUGGCCUCCCGACUUUCGUCCACCAGAUCGACAGUUCCUCGCUUGAUGACCUUGCUUGUCACACAGGAAACACCUUUUAGCUAGAGUUGGGCAGUUAAUAGCUUUGUGUCCGAGGGCAUUACACUUGUAACACUGGAGGGUUGUUGUGUCACUCUGUGCAGUCUUUGUUUCCUCCGCCUUGGGCUGUACUUGUAGCUUCUUGCUCGCAGCGCUCAACGGAUGGUUUCCGUGUGCUUCUAAGUAUUGCUCGGCAAUCUUCGCGAUCUGAACAAACGUUUCCGGGCCUCUUUCACGAAGGUGAAUAGCUUAACUCUUUUGGACAAGAGUCAAUAAACUGUUCUUUCACAAUUAGGUCUUUCAGGCCUUCAAAAGAACGUUCAGUGUUCGACAGUUCUAACCAACGCAACAAGCCGUUGUCGUUGCUUAAGCUCCCUAUUAUCCCAUACUUUCUUUCCUGUCAACUGUAUUUUGCGUAUUCAGGGGCGUAGGGGGGGGGGGGUCACAGAGGGAGGCUCAGUCGUAUUAUCACGGAAUGAAGGACCAUAUUAACUAAAGACAACAGCCGUUGACGACAAUACUUUACAAAAAAACAAAUUUUAAAAAAGUGGGCUUUUCAACAAAGGCUUUUACGGCCAAGAUAUUGUCAUGGCGUUUUCGCCACCUAAAUAUUGUAAGUUGUUUGCUCAAAAGAAGGCCUACCAAGGGGAGGUCACGGGCACCCCAGGACCCCCCCUAGCUACGCCUCUGCAUAUUGACUGUAUUUUUCAAUUGGGUGUCGUGCCUGACUCCGAAUUUGGGGCUCAUGAAAAUAAAUAAAUAAACAAACAUAAUAACAAUAAUAAUAAUAAUAAUAAUAAUAAUAAAAGGCUUCUCAACGAUCUAAGGAUGACCAAAAAAGGAUAAAAUGCGUAUAUCUUUCAAUUCUGCGUCAAAUGCACACUGGUGUUAUAAUCAUGCAUGUAAAACGCAACUAACUACUUAAUGUACUCGACACUACGGCUCGCCACGAUCCCCUACGUAUUUGGGAAACGUGGUACGGCAAGAAAAUAGGUUUAAUUAGCAAAUCAUCUAGCCUGAAUUUCAGACGAUUUCUUCGAGUCCUUUUCACUCCCUCAGUAACUAAGUAAUCGUCUGAAAUUCAGGUUCCAAAUCAUCAAAUUUGUACAUGCAUCUUAGUGUUUCUUCUACAUUUUUUUGCCAUCAGUGCGUUACCUCCACGUGAAAAUUCCUAAUUUCUUGUUUUUUCGGACGUGUCGUAAACAAACGAUGAUUAACUCUUUUCCCUCUCUGAACUUGGAUAUGAGUUUGCCUACAUUUGAAAAAGCACGCGACUUGCAAUAAUCGCGAAAAAUCCAGAAAGAAUGCGAAUUCACGUUUUAUAAAAAAACUAUGUUUUUCGCCGCUGUCGUGAUAUCUUAACUUCAGGCAUUGACGCGUGGCGGGAAAAAACUACUUCCGGUCACCGUACUAGACACCUCUGUAGCCCAAAUUAUAUGAGUUACAUUCCUAAUCAAUGUUUGUAUUGAUUUCUUUGUUCAGUUAAAUAAAAUAUGGUCCUAGAUAUUGAGACCACAUCUAUCUAAUCUAUCUAAUAUUUUUUCUUUUUCUGGUCCUGUAGAGAAUCAAUCUAGUGUUGCUAAUAACCUCUAUAAACUUGGAACCGAGAAACAUAAGCAACAGGAUUUCAAAUCAGCACUCCAAUUCUACCAACGUUCGCUCGACAUACGUAUUAAACUGUUAAAGGAAAGCCAAAGUACUGCUGACUGUUACUACUCACUGGGGAUAACACAGCAUAAACUAGGUGAUUUCAAAGCAGCUCUUCAAUCUUACCAGCGUGCGCUGGACAUACGUAUUAAACUGUUUGGAAAAGAACACCAAAGUACUGCUGACUGUUACCACUCACUGGGAAUAACACAGCAUAAACUAGGUGAUUUCAAAGCAGCUCUUCAAUCUUACCAGCGUGCGCUGGACAUACGUAUUAAACUGUUUGGAAAAGAACACCAAAGUACUGCUGACUGUUACUACUCACUGGGGAUAACACGGCAUAAACUAGGUGACUUCAAAGCAGCUCUUCAAUCUUACCAGCGUGCGCUGGACAUACGUAUUAAACUGUUUGGAAAAGAACACCAAAGUACGGCUGACUGUUACUACUCACUGGGGAUAACACAGCAUAAACUAGGUGAUUUCAAAGCAGCUCUGCAGUCAAAACAGCGUUCACUGGACAUACGUAUUAAACUGUUUGGAAAAGAACACCAAAGUACUGCUGACUGUUACUUCUAUCUGGGGGUAACACAGCGUAAACAAGGUGAUUUCAAAGCAGCUCUUCAAUCCCACCAGCGUGCGCUGGAAAUACGUAUUAAACUGUUUGGAGAAGAACACCAAAGUACUGCUGACUGUUACUUCAAUCUGGGGGUAACACAGCAUGACCUGGGUUAUUUCAAAGCAGCUCUUCAAUCUUACCAGCGUGCGCUGGACAUACGUAUCAAACUGUUUGGAGAAGAACACCAAAGUACUGCUGACUGUUACUACUCACUGGGGAUAACACAGCAUAAACUGGGUGAUUUCAAAGCAGCUCUUCAAUCUCACCAGCGUGCGCUGGAAAUACGUAUUAAGCUGUUUGGAGAAGAACGCCAAAGUACUGCUGACUGUUACUUCUCCCUGGGGAUAACACAGCAUAAACUAGGUGAUUUCAAAGCAGCUCUUCAAUCUUACCAGCGUGCGCUGGACAUACGUAUUAAACUGUUUGGAAAAGAACACCAAAGUACUGCUGACUGUUACUACUCACUGGGGAUAACACAUCGUGAACCAGGUGAUUUCAAAGCAGCUCUUCAAUCCUACCAGCGUGCGCUGGACAUACGUAUUAAACUGUUUGGAGAAGAACACCAAAGUACUGCUGACUGUUACUACUCACUGGGGAUAACACAGCAUAAACUAGGUGAUUUCAAAGCAGCUCUGCAGUCAAAACAGCGUUCGCUGGAGAUAUGUAUUAAGCUGUUUGGAAAAGAACACCAAAGUACUGCUGACUGUUACUACUCACUGGGGAUAACACAGCAUAAACUAGGUGAUUUCAAAGCAGCUCUUCAAUCUUACCAGCGUGUGCUGGACAUACGUAUUAAACUGUUUGGAGAAGAACACCAAAGUACGGCUGACUGUUACUACUCCCUGGGGAUAACACAACAUGAACUAGGUGAUUUCAAAGCAUCUCUUCAAAAUCAUCAGCGUGCCCUGGGCAUACGUAUUAAACUGUUUCGAAAAGAUCAUAAAAGCACUGCUGCCAGUAACCGGGAAGUGGAGAAAACACAGCGCGCAUUGGAUGGCUUGAAAGAAGGGCAUAAGUAG